AUGGAGAUAGAGAAGAGGACGAAUGGGUUCGACUACCCGGAGAGAAACAACGCCAAGUCCGUAAACGGCUUUUACAGUGACCAUCCAUUGGAGUCUGAACAGAACGACAGCAUGGAUGCAAUCAAUGAAAGCAAUCUAGAUGAUCCAGCUGACCAGCGUACUUGCCUUAUCUGUGGAGAUCGUGCCACGGGCCUGCACUAUGGCAUCAUCUCCUGCGAGGGCUGCAAGGGCUUCUUCAAGCGCAGCAUCUGUAACAAGCGCGUGUACCGCUGCAGCCGCGACAAGAACUGUGAGAUGUCGCGCAAGCAGCGCAACCGCUGCCAGUACUGCCGCCUGCUCAAGUGUCUGCAAAUGGGGAUGAACCGCAAAGCAAUCAGGGAGGAUGGCAUGCCAGGGGGGAGGAACAAAAGCAUCGGACCUGUUCAGAUCACAGAGGAGGAGAUAGAGCGGAUCAUGUCGGGGCAGGAGUUCAAGGAGGAUGCCCCGGAGCACACCUGGGGCAACAAUGGUGACAGCGACCACAGCUCUCCCAGCAACGGAGCCUCGGAGGGCAACCAGCCGUCACCCGCCUCCACUCUGUCAUCCAAUCGCUCUGUGGAAAUGAACGGCUACACGGCGGCCCUCAGGGACCAGUACAUCAACACCUCCAUGUCCACACACUACCAGCUCCUACCUCACCUAUUCAGCUACGCCGCCCAGUCUGGCCUGCUGGCCCCCCAGCCCCGCACCCUCUACCCACAGUCCCACCCACUGGUGCUGCAGCUGGUGGCUGCUGAAGAUCUGGCCCCCCUGGCCACCCCUAUGCUCAUAGAAGAUGGGUACAAAGUGACACAGGUGGAGCUGUUCGCCCUGCUGUGUCGCCUGGCAGACGAGCUUCUGUUUCGCCAGAUCUCCUGGAUCAAGAAGCUGCCGUUCUUCUGUGAGCUCUCCAUAGAGGACUACACCUGCCUGCUCAGCUCCACCUGGCAGGAGCUCAUCCUGCUCUCCUGCCUCACCAUCUACAGCGCCCAGAUUUUUGGAGACCUAGCCAACGUCACGGCCAAGUACACGCCUUCUGACGAUGAGCUGCAGGGCUUCAGCGAGGAUGGCAUGGAGGUGAUGGAGAGGUUGAUAUAUCUGUUCCGCAAGUUUCACCAGUUGAAGAUCAGUAAUGAGGAGUACGCCUGUAUGAAAGCCAUCAACUUCCUCAACCAAGAUAUCAGAGGACUGUCCAACAUCUCCCAGCUCGAGCAGCUGAACAAGCGCUACUGGUACGUGUGCCAGGACUACACUGAGUACAAGUACCCGCACCAACCCAAACGUUUCCCUGAGAUCAUGAUGUGUCUCCCGGAGAUUCGCUGCAUUGCAGGGAAGCUGGUGAAUGUCCCUCUGGAGCAGCUUCCCCUCUUGUUCAAAGCAGUCUUGCACUCCUGCAAAUCCAGCCUGACCAGCUACAGGACCGGCCUGUCGCCCUGUGUGACCACCUCCUCCGGAAACUAG